AGAUGGCGCCUUUGUCAUCCUUCACCAGUUUACAUGUGCACGUGUUUUCAUAAUGUUUACGACGCCAGUGAAGUAAUAAAUAAAGUAUAUAAAAUAUAAAUAAAUAAAAAAUUGUAAUUAAGACUAUGGCUUCAUACAAAAUACAUAAUGUCCGUUUUUACAAUCUCGAACCCAGAUCUAUUUUUUGUCUCUGCUACGAUAAAUACAGCAAAAAAUUAGCUCUUUCAAGAAACGAUAAUUCAAUAGAGUUAUGGAACGUAGCAAAUGCUCCGUUUCUUGAAUCAACAAUCGUGGAUCAUAUAGAAGAAUCCAUCGAAUCGAUGAUAUGGAUUAAUUCCAGCCGAUUAUUAUCAACCGGUCUCCGUGGUAUGAUUACCGAAUACAAUGUAUCAGCCCUCUGUAAAAAAUACGAAGUCGCUGUAACUGGAGGUGCUGCUUGGUGCAUUGACAUAAACCCCAGCAAAACUCGUGUUGCCGUUGGUACUGAAGACGGCUACGUAAAUACCUUUACAAUUGCUGAAGAUUCAUUGAUAUACGAGAGAAUUUUUGACAAACAGAAAGGCCGGAUACUCUGUAUAAAAUGGGACAACACUGGAGACAUAAUAUUCUCUGGAUCAGCAGACACUGUAAGAGUCUGGAACGCUAUUUCAGGUCAUGCGAUUCACAAAAUGACAACAGCACGUAAACAUAUAAAAAAAGAAACGAUUGUAUGGUGUCUGGGUGUCACCAGUGACAAUUAUGUCGUAUCAGGAGAUUCUCGCGGUGUAUUAUCGAUUUGGGAUCCUAAUAUGGGCACACUUGUUGAGUCGCAUGAUAGUCAUACAGCAGAUAUACUGGCACUGACGAUAUCCCAAGAUUCAAAUGUCAUUUAUUGUGCUGGUGUUGAUCCCGUGGUCCGGAGUUUUUCAAAGGUGACUAAAACAGCUGGUGGAAAAGGUACCGCUAGUUGGGUCAAAGGUAUUGAGAGACGUUUACACAUGCACGAUGUCCGUGCACUUGUUGAAGCUGAUGGUAAAUUAUAUUCAGCUGGUGUUGAUGGUUACCUGGCACAAUCAAGUUACCCUCCUAAAAUGCUCGCUAAAUAUCCGCCACUUUUGCAGCCAACUUGCGUAACAGUAUGUCGUAAGAGACGACGUAUAUUAUUGCGUUACGUUGAUUAUUUAGAAUUAUGGGAGCUGGGUAAUGCGGCUGAAGACGCAACAGUUACUGCUGGAAUGUUCCAUUCAUUGCAAAGCGAGCCGAGAAAACUUUUAGAGCUUCGCACAAAAGGUCAAGAAACCAUUACAUCCUGUGCGAUUUCGAAAGAUUCUAAAAUUAUCGUCUAUUCAACGGAAACCCACAUGAGGGUUUUCAAUUUUAGCAUUGAUGAUGAUGAUGCACAUUUACAGAAAUCAACAGCUUCAAAAUUAUUAAAACGUGUUCAUAAAAUGUUGUUUAGUCCAAAUGGUAAAUUAUUUAUUGCAAAUGCAUAUGAUACUGACGGUAAUGGGGACAAUGACGAUGGAAAUAAAAUAUAUGUUUAUAAAAAAGACAAUAAUCAGUUGAUGUUAGAGAGUUCAUUUAGUACAAGUGAACAAAAAAUAGAAAACAUUGGAUUGAUAUGUUUUUCUCCAGAUAACAAGUACCUGAUAUGCUCGGAUCGAUGCGGUGGCAUAGUUGUGUAUAUUGUCGCUGAGUUGGCUUCAGGAUCACCCAGCUGGUGGUCGCUUCCAAGAUACACCUGUCCUCCGACCGCUAUGGCUGUACAGAAGAGCACGUCCAAUCUCGUUGUCGUGUACUCUGAUCAUAAGAUAAUCGAGUAUAAUUUACCGAGGAGGCUGUACACUGAAUUUUCAAACAACUUGCAGAGUAAAAUACCAACUCACUGGCUAGCGAGACCUUUUCCCAUAACAAAUAUCACCUUUGAUCCUAACAAUGAUGGCGUUAUAAUUCUUCAUGACGAUACUACUGUCUAUGCGUUACACAAAAAUAAAGAUUUAUCGAUGAUGGAGAAAGGCAGUAAAAUCAGAAAACACGGUGCUGGUGAAGACGACAGUAGAUCUAGCUCGGGAUCAAGCUCUCAGACGCAAUCUGUUUUUCAAUCGAUUAAAAAAUAUAAGCAUUUGGUGCAUUUUGAAUGGUUUAAUAACGAAGAAAUGGUUGCUGUUGAAGUAAAUCCUAUUUCACUGACAGAAAAAUUACCACCGACGUUAAAACAAAAAUGUUAUGGUGUCAUGUAAAUUUUAAUAAAUUUUAUUUUAUUUUACAAAUA